GUUCCAUUUUCUGUGGGGUGGUAAACAGAAGGCAGACUGUACUUCAAGUUCGAUGAUCAUAACUAGGCCAUAUUUCCUUGUUGAGUGUUGGGCGUAUACUAGACCUGAACUAUACCAGGGACGUGCAUGAACAGAUAUACUUCGUGAAGCCUGGAGCACUUGUAUAAGAUGACGUCACCCUGGACUAAAAUGAGUCUCACUAUACUCAUCCUACUCACAGCUGGAGGAUUGCAUCUCAUCCAAGCAGAUGAGAUGUUUGUAUGUGACUACCUGGCCCGUGGUAUCUACAUGGCGUAUGUAGAUGGCGAUAGCAGCUUCAAAGUCGCUAACUUCACACUACUCCCUCUCGAUAACGUUGAGACUCCCAUCGCUAUCCAAUAUGACUUACGAUCUCGUACCAUAUACUGGACUGAUGUUGCUCUGGAUGCCAUCUACCGAUCUAAUAUCGACGGGUCUGGUAAUGAGAAGAUCAUUUCUGAUCUUGCAUCCCCACAAGGAUUAGCUAUUGAUAUUGAAAAUGAUCGCCUGUACUGGACCGAUUCCGGUUUGGAUCUUGUGGAAUCCGCCAAUUUAGACGGUUCAAACCGUACGGUAAUCGCAGAUACCGAGCACGAUCAACCACGUGGAAUAGCAGUAUCGGUUACCCAUGGACUCGUAUUCUGGAGCGACUGGGGGGAAGCACCUAAAAUUGAGAGAGCCAAUAUUGACGGGACGAACCGGUCAGUUAUUGUCAAUGCAAGCCUAACAUGGCCCAACGGAGUCACUAUUGAUAGCUCAGAGGAACGUUUGUACUGGUGUGAAGCGUACCUCGAUUUCAUAGAAUCGGUGCUAUUAGACGGGAGUGAUCGUAUACAACACGUCUAUACAUCAGCGAGUGUUAAUAUUAGUCCGUUUAGUAUAGCAGUCCGGGGAUCUGACGAUGAUAUCUAUGUCACUGAUACUACCUACAAAAAUAUUAUCGUACUCGAUCGGUCGGAAGGGGCAUUUGAAUUUGUUGGCUCUUUUCAAGCUCCAACUGGACUCGCGAUCAAUCAAGCUCGCAUCGCUGGUGUAUGUGGAGCAGAUGGAAGCGAACCAUGUUUGAAUGGUGUAUGUAAGGAUAACAACGGUACGAUGGAGUGUCAGUGUUUUUCAGGCUAUACUGGAGCAACGUGUUCAGUAGAGCUGGACGAAUGCGCUUCUUCCCCAUGUUACAAUGGGACAUGUGUCAACCUGAUCAAUGCUUUCAUGUGUCUUUGCCCUUCUAGCCAUAUUGGGGUAAACUGCAACGAAGAGGUCAACCAGUGUGAGGUGUCUCCAUGUAAAAACAGUGGAACGUGUAUCGACGAUGUCUACGACUACGAAUGCGUGUGCGUCGAUGGAUAUAUGGGAAAGAACUGUGAAACAUCUGAAGAUGAUUGUCUGAGUAACCCUUGUAAGGAAGGAGACUGUGUUGACGGGAUACGGGAAUACACAUGUGUCUGCACACCCGGAUAUACAGGAGUAGACUGUGAAGUUGAUAUCGACGAGUGUGCUAGUAGUCCAUGCCUAUUUGGAGGAAUAUGCAUAAAUGACAUUGUGAAUCAGUGGAGCUGUAAUUGUCCUCCAGGCUACACAGGAGAGAGAUGUUUAAACGAAUUGAAUGAGUGUUUGAGCAAUCCCUGCCAUAGCGAGCAAGGCAUUUGUGAAGACAAAAUCGCCAGCUUCACCUGUCAUUGUUUCCCUGGUUAUAGUGGAGCCAGCUGUGAAUUCAAUUAUGAAGAGUGCCUGAGUCAACCCUGUUACAAUGGAGGAACUUGUAAUGAUGGUAUCAAUUUCUUUACUUGUAGCUGUAUUGCCGGAUUCACCGGUUCCUAUUGCCAACAUGAAAUCGAUGAAUGCAGCAGUAAUCCAUGCCUUAAUGGAGGAUCAUGCACUGAUGCUGUGAAUAUGUUUACUUGUUCCUGUGUUUCUCGUUUCACCGGCGAACGCUGUGCUACAGACCUCGGUUUGUGUCGGUCGUUCCAUCCAUGUACCAACAAUGGCUUCUGUGUGGAUCAGGCGAAUUCAUAUAAAUGCAUCUGUGACACAGGAUACACUGGAGAUGUCUGUGAAACAAAUAUUGACGACUGUUCGAGUAACCCUUGUGAGAAUGGAGGGACAUGUAUCGAUCAUGUAGCUGCUCACUCGUGUAUAUGUCGAGAGGGAUUUGUAGAAACAAACUGUCAAACAAGAUCGAAGGAGUGUGCCAGUAAUCCCUGCAUCUAUGGUCGGUGUGUAGACGCUCAUAACAAGUACACGUGUGAAUGUGACGAUGGUUAUACAGGGUCUUCAUGCGAUACAGAAAUAGAUGAUUGUAGCAAUUCACCGUGCGGUGAUAAUGGCGUGUGUGUGGACAGGAUGAAUUCAUAUCAAUGUAUUUGCAUGACAGGCUAUUCUGGAAGCAAUUGUCAUAUCAAACUAAUGUGUUCACCCCCAAGUGAUCCACCAGAAGGAACAGAAUUCACCAAUCCGACAAAUCUAUACUUCUACGGUGACGUGUUGACUGUCUCAUGCCGUGAUUCGUCAGCUUCUACGUUGUGGAUCUGCCUUGGUACGAACACUUGGAACAAACACGAGCUAGUCUGUACAACAGACUCAUCAAAGCAGACUCUGGUAAUGAUUUCUGCAUUGCUUGGAGUUCUUCUCAUUGUCUUCAUCAUCACAUGUGCUUUAUUCAUAAUAUGUCGUCAUCGGACUGGUUCUGCUAAGCUGAAUACGAACAACAGCUCCGUUCGAAUGACAGGAGGAGAGGUUCGUUUUGAAGAUGGUGGAAUCAGUAAUCCAAGCUUCGGGGAUUUCUCUACGGACACCAACUACAAUGAAGCAGAAACCUUGCCCAAAAAGGACGUUCUCAACGAAGAGGAUUUGGAUCUGAGCGUGGGUUCGCCGGUCGCAUCCAAUGAUAAUUAUUUGGGUACAUGUGAUGACGUGCCCCUCCACCCGCCUUCAUAUUCUGAAGCUUAGUGACCCCUUUAAAAUACCUACUUAUACGGACACAAAGUGACCCCUCCGACGACUUUCCUAUUCCGAAACUUAAUAACCCUUAUUAAAAACCUUCUUAUACCGACCGACACUUAGUGACCACUCAAACCACCUUCCUAUUCCGAAGCUUAGUGACCCCUUCCAGAAA